AUGGAUUUGAAUGAAGAAAAAAUUAUUUAAAUAUUAGGCGAAUUCUUGCUCUCUGAAGGAUAUCAAUAUUAUAUCAAAAUCUAAGAAUUAUUUUCAUGUUUAUCAGAUUCAGAUUGUGAUCAUCUCUUCUAUGAUUUUAUUCUUGAAUUUCUUAAGACUGAACCACCUUAUAAAUCAUUAUAGUUAAUACAUGCUUUCCUAACAGCAUCUACUUCACCAUAAACUUACAUUUGUGAAUUAAUCGAAUAAGAAUAUUUUGAAAUUUUAUCACUUCAUUUGUAAAUCAAUAAAUUCACUGACAAUUAAAUCAAAUAAAUUGUCUAUGAUAAACUUAAAGAAUAAACAAAUGACUAUAAAUAAAUAUUUUUGCUUCAAAGAUUGUAUUUUCUUCUAGACUCCAAUAAAAAAGAUAGCGCUGAACAAAUUUUUACUAACAAUUUAAAAAUAAUUCAAUAGAUCUUUUCAAAAAUAUAGGAAGAUACUUUAAUUUAAUAUCUAAAAGUUUAAUCUAUAUUAGUACCUUUUUGUAAGGAUAUUUUGCAACAAAAAUUAGUGAAAUUAUUGGAAUUAAUAAAACAAUAGAAUCCUAAUAUUGGAAUUUAGUUACAAUGGGCUAUAUAUGAAGUUUACGAAUAGAUGGGUUGCAUUGAAAAUCCCCCAGAAAUCGAUAAUAUCGAUAAUUCUAAUAUUUAAUCCAAAAUUUCAUUUAGAUAGUACUAUAUGAAGUAGUAGUUUCUACAAAAUAUCAGGCAAUUAUCCAAUCUAAUAAGAGAUGCGGAUGAAUAAAGAGAUAAUUUUAAAUUAUAUACACAAUGGUAAUUGCAGUUGUGA